GACCACAGGUGCAACUACGACUGGAGCAACCACUUCUAUUGCUGCACCAACCGGAACAGCGAGUAAGAAGCCUGCUGCCGUCGUGCCACCUACCGGGGGUGCUAAAGAGGCUCCGGCAGCUUCUGUCACGACGACCAAAACUGAUAAGUCUGCAACUACGUCGACUAAUGCAGCUGCCCCAGCGGGCACUUCUGCUGCUUCGUCUAAGCAGGUGGUACUAAAAACAGGCGGAACCGCUGCGGAUGGGCCCUCGAAGAAAGGCAAGCCGGAAGAACUCCAGGAGUGGGUCCACGUUAAAAAGCACGUUCUAGACAAGGAAACGGGGCAGAUGAAGAUUGUAACGUUUAGAAGGCCGAAGGACCUCCACGAGAAAAAAGAAAAGGCAAAGCGUCUCGCUGCAGCUACUUCUAGUACGGCGAAAAAGGAUGUUGGUGCGAAGGCAAACAAUGUUGAAGAACAGCGAAAUAAAAAAACUACUGCAACUACUUCUACUACGGAGAUUAACAAGAACCUGAAACGACCGGCUACCGCUGUUGCCGGCGACGAGAAGAAUCCGAAAAUAGCAAAGAAGGAAGCCGCGGCGAUGUUGAAACCAAGCAGCUCUGGAGGCAGUUGUGACAAGACCAAAAUCUCAUCUUCUUCCGGGGCUGCAGCUGGUAAUAAUUCUACGGCCGUAAAAUCCAAGACAAUAUUGGACAAGAAUGGGAACAAGAUCGUGAAGAAGCAAACUGCUAAUGCUAUCCCGGGAACGGCGGCAAAACCUGGCAAAUCUGCAGAACAGCAAAAGCAAAAGAACAAGGCUGCAAAAAGUAGUAGUGCCACCACUGCCAUGAAUGCCGCCGCAGCGGCGAUUGCGAAGCCGGGAGCUUCGGGCACAACUAGUGCCAUUCAAACCACUUCUUCUGCAGAUGGGCCUCGCGUGGAAAAGACCAGCAGCUCGGGGGCGAGUAGUGGCACUGCAAAAGAGGACCCCGCACCGGAACAAGAGGAACCGCCCGCAGAUGAUUUAUCCACUGCGGAGAUUCUUCUUCAAAAGACUUCCAGCACGACGUCAUCGCAGAAAAAGAAACACGACCAGGAGACCACGGCUGUGAACAUCAAAGCGGAAAGAGAAAAGAAUGCUGCGAACGAUGAAAAAGAAAACACUGCCACUACGCAGGUAGAAGUGGCUUCGAAUAAAGUAAAGAAAAAGCAAGUCGGUUUCUCAGCGGAAGUAGAGGAACAUGAGCAAAAGAAGGUGAUCGUGAAAAAAAUGACCAAACCCACCGGUAAAGCAGACCCUCACAAGCGGGAGAAAUCCAUGGGAAGACUCAGGUUCGAGAAAGACGCCCUGAAAAGCAAGGCUAGUGCUGGACAAACUGCUGCUGAAUCCAGCACGACCACAACAGCGGCUACUGCCGGUACUGGUCUCACUGAUGGGGAACAAACUACAGCCGCUGCGGCGGAGCUUCUACAGGUGGAAUCUACUGCUAUCGAUGCUGCGUCGAGCAAGGUAAAAAGCGACGGCGAGGAGAAAAAGACUAAAGCCCUCGAAGACAACAACAAACCCAGCGCGGCCGAGAUGACGGAGCCGAAAGCUGUAGCGACCCUGAAUAGUAGUACCUCCUACACCCUCCCACCGGUCGGGGCCACGGUCAAAUUAGACGCGAUUUGGUACAGUGACCCGGACCACAAGGACGGUGGGGAGUACUAUAACAGUGAAGAAGAUUGGGACUGGGUGGUCGUCUCCACUUUGCGCAACGGGUACAUUUUGAUUGCGAAACUGAUUUCGCACGAGACCGUCACCGGCUGCGAAACCUAUUCGGGUACUGUGGAGGGCAGUGUGGAGGGGGAAACGAAGCAAAUCACACUGUACGAGGCCGGGCCGCUCGGUUUCGUCGACGAGGGCAGCAACGGGCACGAUGAAACGGACAUCACCAGUGGAACGCUUAUACCGCAGGGGGUGGCGAGAUUGGGACUGGUAGAAUCAGAAAUUUUUUGUCGUGGGUCAUGAAAAAUUUUCAGGAAGGCACGAUGAUGACCGAUUGAAUACAAUAGUUUUGUUUUGGAGUUAUUGAAAAUCUUUAAUGAAAUAGUAUGUUUUUACCGAACAGGAACAACCUACAUUUUCCAAUUUUCACAUUCACCUUUCUCAACAACAGAAAAUCAUCCGGGCCAAGGACGUAGAGGUGUGUAUGGAGAACCGCGCACCCAGUUUCGCGCUCGCGCGAGCCGUGCGAGACAAGUUUGGCUUCCUUGCCAACUUGAACCAGACCCUUUUAGCGAAGUACACGAUGCUGGAAGCCUUAAAGCGCAUUUGCGAUUUGCGGAUUCGCGAGUUGACGAAGAAGCAUGAGAAAUUCAGAAACAGCACGUAUGCAUUGCAAAUAUGUCUGGGUCUGGAAAAAGUGGGAUUUGUGAUGCUAACUGUCGACGAUAGAAAAAUCUGUAUUGCAUGAGAAGCAAAAGGUGCUGGAAUUUUUGCCACGACCCGGAGAGGGCAUUUCUCAUGCAGAAUAAGCAUUAGCAAGGUUUUGCGAGAAUUGUGAUGCUACCGCAUGCAUCACAGGCCUCGUGGAUCAUGUACAAUUGUGCAUAACAAACUCCCCGAAUGCUCCAGACCCAAACAUUUUUGCAUUUGAUAGCACGACAAUGAAAACAAUGACGUCGACGGAAUUAUGUGAACGCCGGGACAACUGGCGCAUGCUGAAAAUCUGGACAAUCAGGCUGAAGUUUCUGCAGCGGGAACUGAAACCCUUGGAGAAUUUGUCGGAGGAUUUGCAGUAUCAAAUGCAAAAAUGUCUGGGUCUGCAAGGACCAGGAUGCAAGUUUGUCAUGCUUGUCUCACAUGACUCUUAAACCUGUAAUGCGUGAGCAGGAAAAGGGCCUCCUACCUGUCAUGCAAAAAUGUAGUUUGUCAUGCGGAAAGCGAAACACAAAGGAGCCCAGAAACUUGUCCUGCGUGGCUGCCUAUAGCAGUGUCCACACAAUUCAUGAAUUAGCAUCACAAAUUUCCAGACCCAGACAUAUUUGCAAUGCAUAUGCAGGCAAAGAGAAACGUCGGCGAGUACAUCCACGAAGAGAAACAGCACCCCCGGACGCACUUGUCCACGAAAGACGAGUACAUCGAGAGGUACAAGGACGAAAAAACCGGCAAAGACGAGGAGAAGGAAAGCCCGUUGCUGCCGCUCACGGAAGCGUUUAUGGAGGCGUUUGACUACCGGUUUCGGGACGCGGAUUGGCUGACGCAUUUCGAAGGUAAUAACUUUCAGCAAACGGAGAUUGACGAGAUGGCGAAGUUAUGCAUUGCAAAAGUAUGCUGAUCGUACUAGCUACUAGUGGAAACAUCACAAAUUUCCUCAGCAUGAAGAGCGGAAUUUGUGGUAAUUAUGCGGGUUGUUCAUUACCUUAAGGAAGGGAUUUGUAAUGCGUGGGCCACAAUUAGUACGACGAGCAGGAGUAUUUUGCAAUGCAUAGAAUUACGUCCUCUGCGAGGACAAUAAGGAGGAGGCGAAGCGCCGCGACGAAUACCCGCACAAGGAAAUAGCAGACAUAGACGCGAUGCUGGACGAGAAGGCGCAGUUGCAAGAAAACGUGGAUUACCACGUCCGCUACGACGCCAAAACCUACAACAAAUUCUUCACCCAUCACGGCGAAAACCGGGAGAAAUUCGGGAAGUUUGAGGAGAACAGCAAGUUGAAAAACUUCUGCGUCGACGAAAAUAAGUGGAAGGGGCAAGAUUAUGAAAAGUGGGUCGCGGAUAUCAAAUGUAAAAAUGUCUGGGUCUGGAAGAUUGCGAGAUUUGUCAUGCAUAUUUCGGAUCACGCAAAUGGCGUCUGAUGCAGGCAAAAGCAUCACAGGUUUUGAACACGCCUCAUGAUGCCUGUCCCGCAUCAGAAACUUCCUACUUGCGUGCCAAGAAGUGGACAGCUUUUGGCGCUCAUGCAACACAAAUUUUUGUGUGUUCCAGAGAUUGCAUCACAAGUUCCAACCCUUCCAGACCCAGACAUUUUUACAUUUGAUAGCGGAGUACCUGCCGCAGUUCGAGGACUUCCGCAGUGAAAUUUCGGUAUGACAGUGCACAGCUCCCCCUCCCUCUCAUUUGUAUUGCAUGAACAGGAAUACAAACGCCAGCGACCCUGGAGCUUGUGCAUCACAAAUUUAUCAAUGUAAGUACCUACUGUAGUACUGUUUGGGCUUUUGAAGUUUGUCAUGCAAACAGUGCCACACGGACGCGACUGAAUUUGGGACUUUGCAUGACAAAGGAGGGGGAGGGGGAGUUGUGCGCUGUCAUAUUCGGAGACGGACUACCAAGACCUGAUUGACGACUACAACGACGAAGAGGAAAUGCUUUUGCACGGCUGUUAUCCUGUGCAAAAGUAUCGUACAUGUAGAAAUUGCAAUCAUGCAUCACAAAUUUUUUUCUCAAGGUAAAUCCGCAUUACAAAUUCAAUUUGUAAUGCUAAGCCAAUUUGUAAUGCAAUUUAUACUAGUACGAUUCUUUUGCAGUCCAUAGCUGCCCACUCGACACCCAGUUCACGAGUUUGACCGCGAUCUUACCAAAUGCAAAUAUGUCUGGCUCUGGAAGAGUGAAACUUGUGAUGCUGGCUUUGGUUCCUACAUAAAGUCUGUACUGCAUCAACAGCAAGAGAGGUCCAGUUUUUGCUACGCGGAAAGGGCAUUUCUCAUGCGGUAUGGGCAUCACAAGGCCCUCAUAAAAUCUGUGAUGCUAACGCAUGCAAAAUAGAGACCAUGGGUCAUGCAAAAUGUGCAUGACAAACUUUGCACUCUUCCAGACCCAGACAUGUUUGCAAUUCAUAGAUCUUGCGGCUCCGCGACGCCGCGCUCGAGGGUGGGAAGAGCACAAGAAUUAGCCGGGACAGCGGGGAGCCGCGGCUGCAGGACUUCACGACCCUGUGCAAGGAAAAAGAAGAGGAAAAGCAAUUGCUACUCAACGCCUGCGAACCGACGGAAGACGGACUGUUGGUUCACGUCCCCACCGGUGAGAUAAAAGACCCGGAAGCGAUGUUUUCGCCCGAAAAAGUUUUACACUCCCGCGCGGUCAUCGUACCCCCGCGCAUGGACCCGAAGCCCCACUCAAAGAAAGUCCCGGCGGCUUUUUAUCCUGUGCAAAAGCAUCGUAUUCGUAUUGCAAUCAUGCACUACAAAUCUUUCUCUUAAGGUAAAUCAGCAUUACAAAUUUUACUUCUCGUGCUGAGGAAAUUUGUAAUGCAUUUAUACCAGUGCGAUACUUUUGCAAUUCAUAAUUUUGAAAACGGAACCAUUUACGACUUCGCGCUCGCCUUCGAUUUACCCGCCGACGAGGCGUUCUUGGAACCUUUAUUACAGUGAAAAAUGCCCCCACCCCAGAGUUGUCAUGCAGAAUCACAACCGCAGGAAAACUUGUAAUGCGCAUCCCCCAUGAGAGGCAUUUUGAAUCGUGUUAUGCAAUUUGUGAUGCUGUAACGAGGAUACCAGGAUGGCUUUGUGAUGCGGUUGUCCUUGCUAACCCGCAUUACAAUACAGAGAAAAACUUGUCAUGCGUGACUCCGAAAACUUCUGGAUCUGUGUUGCAGAGGUCCCAUCUUAACUCUGGGGAGGUGGGGGCGUUUUUACACAGGAUAACCCUGGAUGCGUCAUUACAGCGAGCAGAAUUUCGAAGCAUUGAUGGAGCCGUUGGUCGAUGAGGGAGAGAGUGUGUUGGCGUACAAAAAGAAGAUUGGCGAUACCAUCUUCAAUUUCACCAUGCACUGGCGGAAAGUCAUCGAGCGAAUGCGCUUGCUGGUACAGUUUUUUCAAAGUGUUUUAGUCUACCGAAUAAAUCUGUUGUUAGAUUUUUUACGGUGUUGUAACAGCUUAGAUCGACGCGUGGUCAACAUGAGGAACAAAUUUAUGAACAUUCUUCAUUUCACCGCAGGUCCGCAGCAACUUGAUCUUUCAAGAGGUCUACAAGUACUAGUAUCAAAUGCAGAAUCACAACCAGACUUCUACUCUAGCGUAAGAUACCACAUGAGCGCCGACUUCCGAUGCAUAUUAGGUCCGUGUUUUGCAUAGCUGUCACCGCCCCAGGAGGCAUGGGGCCGACAAGUUCGCCUAAGACAGAUGCUUGUUCAUUUGCGGCCUUCUUUGCAAUUACAUGAUGUUGCCGGACUUCUACAUCUAAUCCUAAUGCGGUAGGAGCGGUUAUUAAUAAAACGGUAUUACAUCAUGCUAGUAAAUGAAGAUUUUGUUCUGCUUGUCCCUCUUCAUACCAACCCGCGCGGAAUGGCGCAGGAGGAGGGGUAUCCUGAGUAAAACUGUCCCCACACUAGAGCCAAGAUGGGAAAUCCGCUAGACAAAUCAGCCACCUCUGGUUGUUUCGCAUGACAAGUUUGUCCUCGUGGUGUAGUCGUGUUUAGCUAGUUCCGAAGCGUCGCAGAUCUCGCGUAUCGUGCUGAUUCUAGCAUCGCAAACUCCACAACAGAACUAGAAAAUGGCUCUCAUGGGGGUCCGCAUGUGAAACUUUUUUGGCAUGACAACUCUGGGGCGGGGACAUUUUUACUCAGGAUAAGGGUGACCCGGAAAUCAUACCAACCACCGACGAGACCGGCAGGUUGAUCGACGACCUUCACCAGCGCAUCGACUACAGCAUGCUGAAAAAGCGGAUUCUGCUCCACGAUAUGAGCUGCAAAAGCAUCGUACUAGUAGUAAUUGCAUUACAAAUUACCUCAGCAUGACAACUGGAAUUUGUCAUGCUGUUUUACCUUGGGAUGGAGAUUUGCAAUGCAUAAUUGCAAUUACUACGGUACGAGUGCGAUACUUUUGCACUGGAUACGCGACUUGACCAUGCAGUUCGUGAAAAAGCACGGAGCGUUGACCCCCGAGCAAGCCCAGUUACGGCGCGAAGCCGCCCAGGACGUGGACCUGUACCACCAGGGAGGGAUUCCGAAGUAUGUAUUGCAAAUGUGUCUGGGUCUGGAAACCUGUGAUGCUAAAGUAUGGAUGAGUCUGGUGCUGUAAAGUGCAGCCAAGCAUGACAAAGUUCUUUGACGCCGUCGCCGUCUGAUGCGUAGCACGCAUGACAAACUGCGUCUUUACGUGACACAAAAAAGUAACGCCUUUGAUCCUGGGUAAUAUGCAACACAGAUUUGUCAGGAAUGCUAGACAUGCAACACAAGUUUCACUUUUUCAGACCCAGAUGACAUAUUUGCGUUUGAUACGAAGGAAAUUCUGACGAUUGAACAAUUUGACGAACUGAAGGCGAUAUCCUGUGCAAAAGUAUCAUACUCGUAUAAAUGCAAGUCUUGCAUUGCAAAUAAAUCCGUCUUACAAAUUUCAUUUCUCAUGCUGAGGGAAUUUGUAAUGCAUUUAUACGAGUGCGAUACUUUUGCAAUUCAUAGGCGAAAGAAAGAGCGGUCGAGGAAGCGGCAAGACUCGAGGAAGAGCGAAUUGAAAAGGAGAAAGAGGAGCAGAAAAGAUUGGAGGAACAAGAAAGGCUGGAUGAAGAAAAAAGGCUGGAGGAAGAGAAGAGGCUACAGGAAUUGGAGGCGUCCCGGCGCAAUGAGGAUCGUCGAAGCCGGGAUAAUUUUUACAAGAACCGGAAUAAAGACGACGACAGUGACGAUGUGGUAAUUCCGCGGAUGACCAAAGACGAAAUCUCGACGAACAUCAGCCAAAUUCUGUACCACAAGCCGGGACCUCGCCGACCCGACCCGAACCACGACGUGGCCAGCGGUAUGACCCUGAUACAAAACACGACCAGUGGCGGAGGUAGUGGUCAUCUUGGCGCGUUUGUUCCGCACCGUACUAAUAGCGGCGGUUACAACGCAGACAGCCACAAUACCAAGGGUGGUACUUCUACCCUGGACCUCCACGCCAAGGGUGGCGCCUUCCGGAACCACCACAAGUACGGCUUCCAAGGAAACGAGCAGCCGAAUUUGCUGAUGUUUUACCCCCCGGGGUACCGACCGCUCUACCACGCUCAAAAACGGCAUAAAGCGUCGCGGUCUGGAGGCGAGACUACGGCGUUCGAUGAUAUUUGGGUUCCAGAGCAAAACAGCACCUACGUGAGCGUUUCGGAAAUUCCAAUAUCAAAUGUAAAAAUGUCUGGGUCUGGAAGAAUGCAAGAUUUGUGAUGCAGGUUUUCCAUGACCCAUGAGGUCUGGAAUGCGAGACCCAGCAUGACAGAUUCUGCGAGACCUUUCUAAUGCCUAUCCUGCAUGAGAAACUACCUCCCGACUUGGUCAAAACUGGACGACUUUUGGUAAUCAUGCAACACAGAUUUUUGCAUGCUGCAGAUCUAGCAUGACAAGUUGCAAUCUUCCAGACCCAGACAUUUUUACAUUUGAUAUCCAACGAUGUGCUACGACGAUGCGUCCCGGGCGUACUACUUUCCGAGUGGUAACUAUCACAGCAAAAAAGUGCUACAGUUACACACAUAGUCUAUGCAAGACCGGCAACACAGACAACCUUUCUCAUGCAGGAAAUGCUUGGGAGUCGCGUUUCCUUCCUGUUUUCCAUUAUGAUCUCCGCAUUACAAGUUUUCUGUGCCACACAGAGAAAAUUUGUGAUGCAGAAACUCCAACAAAUGUGUAACUGUAACACUUUUUUCUCGUGAUAGUAACCGCUUCAAGUGGCACGACCUCAUCGGCGUCUCCAUGCGGGGCCACGUCGUAUGCAAGAAAAAAACUGUGUAAGUGUAAAUUUGUGUUGCAGAAGAUGCAACAGAGUUACACCUGUCAUGCCAGACAGCCACGAAGUCCUCUUUUCAUGUGUGUUUUCCCUUACAAGUAACGCAUGACAGGUUUUCUCUGUCAUGUAGAGCAAAUUUGUGAUGCUGUUUUUCAAUGAAAGUUACACUUACACACUUUUUUUCCUGGAUACGUCGGGAAAUUCGACAUGCACAAGUGCGACGUGAUGUUUAUCAACGUCGAGUUCACCAAACACGAGAAAGACGCGCAUCUGUUUCCCCGGGAAGCGAGUGGGUGCUCCUUGUUCGUAUGCGCUGCAAAUAUGUGUCUGGGUCUGGAAGAAUGCGCGAUUUGUCUGUCAUGCUCGGCUAGCAUGACUCUGAAACCUGUCAUGCACAUCACUCAAAAGCCUUACUUUUCUGUCAUGCAAAAACGCAGUUUCUCAUGCAGAAUAGACAACACCUACACCUAGCACCUCAGGAACCUGUCAUGCUAGAGCGCCAAUCGUAGCGUUUCCUCAAGAUUCGCCGACCAGCAACACAAGUUCUUUUCAGACCCAGACAUAUUUGCAUUCGAUAGUUCGGGCACAUCACGGAUUUACUGAUCAAAUCGGACAAACUGGACGAAAAUGGGGAACCGAAAUACUACGCGGACACGUACCGAUAUCGCAAGAAAAAACUGUUUCACUGUAAACUUGUAAUGCAGAACAUGUAUCUCAGAAGUGCUUGUCUUGCUACACAUGCAAGACAGGCGAUUUUUAGCUGUGUUUUCCCUGAGGAGCCUCGCAUGGCAGGGUUUCCCUGUCGUGUAAAGCAAACUUGUGAUGCAAAACUUGCAAAAUCCUUCCAGUGAAACACUUUUUUCGUACGAUAACCGAAGCAAGGACUCCUACAUGAAAGAGGUCUUCACCCGCCACACGGAAACGCAAGUUGAGUUCAUCCUGGUUCGCGACGAGCUGAAGCCGCACCGCGUGAAAGCCAGCCGGAUCAAAGUCCUUGACUAUCCCAAAGACGGGCACCGGUAUGCAUUGCAAAUAUGUCUGGGUCUGAAAACCCCUGUCUGGGCGGGGUUGCGGCUUAAGGGAGAGUCUCGCCCCUUAACCAAAAGGGUGCGUCGUCUCUUCCGUGAGAACAAAAACUUAUGGCGUAAAAUGGGUCGGGUCCUGGAUCGUUCUGUUUGUUGGGCUGUCGCGCUCGGCUAGCUGGCCGGGCUGUACUGAUCAGGUGUGGUGGGUAGCUCCCGACUGGUCGGUACUUUUAUUGGGGCGACUUGCCGUGGUAGCGCUCGGCUUUUGUAUGAUGAGGUCGCCGAAAGUGCUUCCUCGCCCACCCCCCGGGGAGGGGAUCCUUGACCUGUGGCGCUGGGAGCGGGUGUCCACUACAUGAUGAUGAUGAUGAUGCAAGUCAGGGAACAAUAAGUGAAUUGUAAUGCGCAGCCAAGCAUGACAAGUUUUUUCAUGCUUCUGUGCUGCGUAUUCUGCAUGAGAAACUGCGUUUUUGCAUGACAGGCGAGAGAGGCUGUUCCUUCUUUGUGGUCACGCAAUACAAAGUGCAGAGUCAUGCCAGACUAGCAUGACAACUCUUGCAAUCUUCCAGACCCAGACAUGUUUGCACUUGAUAAACGGAGGUGGGCCACGAAAUUGGACGAGAGGGAAGUCCCCUCGAUGCGGCAGCAGGAGGAAGACGUGUGUCUCCAGAAGGAGAAAAUUUUAACGCAGUGGACCGCGCACGUGGAGCGCAUGCACUACGUCGACUUUGUGAGCGGGAAAGGGGACCAGCAGUGCCCGGGGAAUCCGCACUUGAAAACGAUGCCCAGCCCGAUGCCGUUAAAUCAAAUCUACCGGGGAAGCAUCCAGCGGAUCAUGCACAAAAGGUAUCCUGUGUAAAAACGUUCUCACACCAGAAUUGUCAUGCAAAUCUGCAUGCUCAAAAUGUAAAUGUUUCUCAUGCGGAGCCCCAUGACAAGCGUUGUCUAGUCGUGUUUUGGAAUUUGUAAUGCUCGAGUCAGCAUAAUAGGCAAGAUCUGUGAUGCUGCUGAACAAGCUGAGCAGGAGUUUUACACUACGCGGCCAAACUUGUCAUGCGCGUGAGCCUAACCUUGCUGAUUUGUGUAACAGAUUUCCUUUUUGACAAUGGGAGGGGGACGUAGUUUUUCCUCAGGAUAUGAGGGACUGCUUCUUCAUCGCCGAAAACUACCGGGAAGAGGACCCGACCGGGGUCUGGACGCAAGACGUUUUCGGCCACAUCAACGAGGUUUUUAUUUGGUUUGCUUGGCGAUGUUGAUUUUCUUGCAUUGGAAAUUUAUGACCCAGUAUCAAUCAAAAAUGGAAUUCGACUUUGUGUCAAACUGCUGCGCCUAUAAUAUUUACACCUCGGAAUAGACUUGAAAUGCAGUGUGCAAAAACUUGAAAACAAAAUACCCAGUUCGACUCUCCCUUUGCCGUGCGUUUCCUGUCCGAGCGCACGAUUGUGGAGUAUGAACUUCGGCAGGAUUGGAAGCGGCCGGAGCGCGUGAUGGCCGCGCACAUCAAGGUGAUUGACAAACGGUUCACCGCGGAGCUCGCCACGCUGCACCGGGCCUUGGCGAUCGAACGCGAGAAAGACGAGAAGGACCGGGGCAUUCUAUGACAGGGCAUAACUCCCCCACCCCCUCAUUUGUCGUGCAAAAUCCCAAUCCAGGCUGUGCCUCUUAGCACUGUGUGCAUGACAAGUUCUGGCAGCGGCAGCCCAAAUCGCACUACAAUCCUGUGCAAAUUUGUCAUGCAAAACCUGCAUCCUCCCUGGCACUUGUAUUGCCGUUCAUGCUAUACAAAUGAGGGGCAGGGUGAUUUGUGCACUCUCACACAUUCGGUAUAAGGACGACAAGGCCUACUAUGACGAGCGAACUUAUGGAAGCGUCAGGAUUGAAAUCGACAGCGUUGAAAUAAUUUGCGAUGCAUAAAACGGAUACCAGUUGGCGCCUAGUUUCUAAGUGACGCAUGACAAAUUCGGGUAGAGCCGAAAUCCAGUUUCUAAUGCUGUUUGGGUAAGGAAGACGCCUUUUGUUUCUACCCCGCAACAGGCUCACUGUCUGCCUGUCUUGCCUACUCUGCAAGACAGGCAUUUUGUGGGUUGCAUUUUAUGCAUGACAAACUAUUUCAUUUUCAACUUUGACGAUUUCGAUUCUGACGCUUCCAUAGAACUCGGCGCGAAGAAAAGCGGCGCGAGGAGAAACGCCGGGAACAAGUAGAACAGGAGAAAGACAAGGAGAAGAUAUCCUGUGCAAAAGUCUCGUACUCGUAUUGCAAUCAUGCAUUACAAAUUUUUUUCUCAAGGUAAAUCCGCAUUACAAAUUUUAUUUCUCAUGCUGAGGAAAUUUGUCAUGUGCAUUUAUACGAGUGCGAUACUUUUGCAGUGCAUAGAAGAAGCGCGGAGGUGUCGAUUUGUUGCCGCGCACGACGAGCAACCGGGACCAGGAUCAAACCCGGAAGAAGUCCCGGUCUCGGUCGCGGAAGCGCACGGAUCAACACGGCUACCGCGACGACAAGCGUGAAAAGCGCGACGCGAUCAACGACCGGCACAAGCGAGAUGCGGAAAGAGCGAAGGAGAAGCUGCUCGAGGAGCAGGCCGCGGAGAAGAAAAAGUAUGCAUUGCAAAAGUAUCGACGUACUAGUACAAAAAUUGCAAUACAAAUUUCCUUAGCAUGAGAAAUGGAAUUUGUCAUGCGGAUUUGCCUGAAUAAAAAGAUUUGUAAUGCAAGACUUGCAUUCAUACGAGAACGAGUACGAUACUUUUGCAGAGGAUAAAAAGAUCGCUGCGUUGAUCGAGAGUUUGAAACGGUGGGAGACGAUAUCCCGAGUAAAAACGUCCCCGCCCGCCCAGACUUGUCAUGCAGAUUUGCAUCUACAGGAAAAUUUGUAAUGCGCAUAAUCCACACGAGAACCAUUUGUUGUAGUCGUGUUUUCUUGGCACCAUAAUUUGUAAUGCGAUACACCGGAUAAGCAGGCGUCUUUGUGAUGCGGCUCUCCUUGCUAAGCAGCACUACACUGCAGAUGUUGUAAACUUGUGAUGCAUAACUCGCAAAGUUUGGAGAUUUGUGUUGCAGAGGUCCCAACUUAAUAACUCUCGGGUGGGGACGUUUUUACACAGGAUAAACAAGCGAGCAGUCGCCGGAAGAGGCCAACGAGUUUCUGCGUUCCACGAAGACCUUAUGAGAGUGCACAAUUCACCUUCCCCCUCAUCUGUAAUGCAAAAUGCCAAUUUCACACCUUGCUCAUGAGCACCGCUAGCAUGACAAAUUUUGGAACUUCAAAGUCAAAUAGUACUACAAUCUGUGCGCAGAUUUGUCAUGCGAAAGCCCCUCUCCUGCUGUUGCUUGUGUUGCUGUUCAUGCUAUACAAAUGAGGGGGAAAGGGAGCUGUGCACUCUCAUAGACCUCGGACAUUGUGAAGGUCGUGGGGGAUACCAACACGGACAAAGUUCUCCGCGCCAAAGCGAGUACGGUCUUGACCCUAAUGCUGACCACGGGGGUAAGCGGAGACAACUCCCCCAAGAAGGGGGAAGUAGGAGACAGUACUGCAGCGGCGGAGAAGAAUAUCGUACGAGAAAAGUGUUUCACUGUAAGGGUUUUGCAAGUUUUGCAUCACAAGUGUGCUCUACAUCACAGAGAAAAUUUGCCAUGCGAGAUUCCUAAGGGACAACACAGCUACAAAUCCAUUGUCUUGCAUGUGUAGCAAGACAAAUACUUCUCAGAUACACUUUCUGCAUUACAAGUUUUCCAGUGAAGCAGCAUUUUUUUCCUGUGAUAAAGAAAGACGAGAAAAAAGACGACGACGACCGCAAGGGAGAGAUGAAACGGGACAACAAGAAUCGGAAGACAAGUCGAUCCCCAGUAGCACGCGAUCGACGGGAGGACGUUCAUAGGGAACGUCGUCGGUCCCGCGACCGUGAUGCAGCUCGGGAUAAGGAGAAGGACGCUAAAGUUCUUGCAGAACAAGCUCUGGUUGAUGCUCCAGAAUACCGGACGGUCCGCAGGCGGAAGCAACCGCACCCGCUCAGCGCCGGCGCCGUUUUUCGGGGCACGAUCAUUCAGUCAUUUCCGAAAUUCGGGUUCUGUCUGAUCCAGAUCCACGGGAAAGAGCACUUAGCGAUUUGGGCCCGCGUGGAAGAUUUCCCCUGCAUGGAGGUACAGUUUUUUCUCGGAACAUAAUUUGUCAUGCAAACAUAGGAAGAGAGGAAGAAUUUGUGAUGCAAAAGUACCCUUCACAAACAAACAUAACAAAACAGGAGGACAUGGUCUUACACAACCAAUGCUUUUUCACCGUCUGCUACACCGAUCAAGGAAUCUACACUGUAUCCUGCUGUGUAAAAACGUCCCCAGCUCCGCAGAGUUGUCAUGCAAAUCUGCAAACCCAAAAUAUUACUUCUCAUGCGCAGCCCCAUGAGCAGGUGCAGCUGCCGGACAACACGAAGUACAAUGCUGUCCGGGACGAGUUUGUGAUGCUGAUAUCCGGAUGAGGUAGUCUAUAUGUGAUGCGGUUCAACUAAAGUGUAGCGAAAUAGCCAUCUUGACUCUGGAACGGUGGGAACAACGUUUUUGCACGCUUAUACACUGCCAAGGGCAUCCACGUGCUCCGGCACGAGGUACCCCCGGACCCGGACGAGCCCGAGCCCGAGUUGCUGUACGGCCUCCUCUCGGCGACUGAACCUUUGUACAAAGCCGGGGAAUUGGGAAACAAUGCAGCUGCGAACAACUUGAAGUUGUCAGACGACGAAAAAGAGGACGAUGAUCGUGACAAACACAAAAAUGCCUUCGCCGGGUCGAGCAAAUUCACCUCAAAAUCGUCCCUGCAAACCACAACCACCUCCGACCUAGUCGACAAAGACGUGGUACGGGGCGUGGGGACUACAGCGGCCAACGGGGCACCGUCUGCGCGUGGUGCGCACAGAAGCUCGAUGGCGGGAUCUGGUUUCCACAAGAGCCGGUCGGAGAUUACGAGCAAGGACAGCGCUUCCUCCUCUUUGAACAACCUCCCGCCGGCGAUCGGGCGGGACAAUACUGGAACAACUGGAAAUAAGGAUAAUUACCGUGAGCGUGAACAGCAUCAACAUCGGGACCGAAACAUGAAACGGGAUGUCCUCCCCCCACCGACUCCGGGGGGCGGUCGCGCCAAUCACGGUGGAUAUAUUAAAAGUAGUAGAGACCAUGAUCAUCACUACAAGCGUGGCCACCUCCGGGAUGGCGACCGGAGUACGCGACAUCGGGAUCAUUACAACAGCAAACGGGGGGAUGACAAUUACCACCACCGAGGGGAGCGGUCCACCCGAGUAGAUGCGGAUCAUCACCUCCGCAGCGGGCAAACGACAAGUCGCAACCACGACCGAUUUUUUAAGCGACGAUCCCGGUCCCGGGAUAAGGAUCAUCACAAGCGGGGCCGAUCCCGCUCCGGGGGAAGAAGUCGUGCGGGAAGUGAGUGGUACAGUGGCCACGGCGCGGGCGCAGCAUCGACUCGGCACAACGACUAUAAUCACCGGUAUGGAAUGUGAGAAUGCUUUUUCUUGCCUCCGAACUAGCACUGACAUUUGUGUUGCAUGACCUCCAGCUUGACACAACUAAAUAGCGGAACAUCGAUUGCACAUGCUGCAAAACCACCAGCAAGACAAAUUUAGUCUAUUGCAAUUGCACUUGCAGAACGCAGUGGUACAGUUUCUUAUCCUGUCAGACUGUCUCAUGAUGAACCUUUUUAACCUAGUACAUGCAUUCGCAUGACAAACUGAGCGCAGCGGGGACGGACAAAACCAAAAGAUAUUUCUACUCCAUACCAGCAGCCGCCGGCCUUCUACCGCGUUUUCUUCUCGCGGCGGCUCGAACUAUCCACCCGGGCGCAACAUGGUGUUGGACAACCGGGAUAAACUGAAAACCGCCGCUGCUGCAACUUCUGGAGCUCUCGGCGGAGCUGUGGUGCGCGAGGGUGAUCCAGAUGUUCCGCCGCCCCCGCCGCCCCCUCCGGAGGAACCAUUGCUGGACAGCAUCACGGGCGAACCAUAGGCAAGCGAAAAUAAAGUGAAUACAGUUUUUGCACAUCGUAGUCUGUGUGCAGGACAAGCGACAGCACAGACGCCCUCUCUCAUGCCGGAAAUGCUUGCGUUGUGCGUCGGUUCAUACGCGUUUUCGACGCUUAUGAUCUUUGCAUUGCAAAUUUUUAGUUGCUACUUCGUCAUGCCGAGUCUGUUUUAUACCGAGCAUGUUCAAACAAAGGUGUACUAACUGCAAAACUUUUUAUUUGCUUGGAUAACUCGCUGCUGCCAGCUGCACCGGAGACGAGCGGCCGCGGGCCGCUGUUGCAGCCGAUCAACACGUAUGAGAUGCAAAUAUGUCUGGGUCUGGAAAGUUGUGAUGCAGGUCACUGAAUGAUAGUACCCACACUGUAAUGCGCCGCCAAGCAUGACAAGUUUUUUCAUGGCUCUGUUGGUUGCGUAAUCCGCAUGAGAAACUGCGUGACUGCAUGACAGGCAAGAGGAGCUGUUGGUUGCCACGCAAUACAGAUCCCAGAGUCAUGCCAGAAUAGCAUGACAAAUUUCGCAAUCUCCCAGACCCAGACCCAGACAUAUUUGCAAGCCAUAACACGGCGGAUAUCGAGAUUAUCCGGAAAAGGAUGGAAGUUGCGAUGGCAAACCGGAGUUGA